AGAAGGCCGUCCCCUGUCCCGGCAGCCUCAGACUGUAGAAACACCGGAGCUCCAGAAUAACGAAGGAGUUGUUUUUUUAUCGACCGGUUUGACGUCUUCCGACAGAAAAAGGCUCAUGUGUGGUUUGAUACCGAACAACAGAGAAGGUUCAUGAGGUCCUAGGAACCUAAGCGGAAUGCAUCCCCGGAUCGCUGAACCUGUUCGGUCCGGUCCAGCAGCACAAAGCGGCCUGUGAAGCGGGCUCUGGUUCCUUCUUCCGAACACACGGAUGAUGCUCCAUCAUGUCGGGCGAUCAUUUCAAAGGCCAGGAGGUCAGCUGCUGCAUCAAGUACUUCAUCUUUGGGUUCAACAUCCUGUUCUGGGGGGUUCUAUCCAACAUCUCGUCCAUCACAGAUCUGGGGGGUCUGGACCCGGUCUGGCUCUUCAUGGUGGUUGGAGGAGUCAUGUUCAUUCUGGGCUUUGCCGGAUGCAUUGGAGCACUUCGGGAAAACACGUUUUUACUGAAAUUUUUCUCCGUGUUUCUUGGAAUCAUCUUCUUCUUGGAGCUGACGACGGGGAUUCUGGCCUUUGUCUUCAAAGACUGGAUCAAAGACCAGCUGAACCUGUUCAUCAACAACAACAUCCGGGCAUACAGGGACGACAUCGACCUGCAGAACCUGAUCGAUUUCACUCAGGAUUAUUGGGAGUGCUGCGGUGCAUUCGGAGCAGACGACUGGAACCUGAACAUCUACUUUAACUGCACUGAUGGAAACCCCAGUCGGGAAAAGUGUGGAGUUCCUUUCUCCUGCUGCACGAAGGACCCGGCGGAGGACGUAAUAAACACCCAGUGUGGAUAUGACAUCCGUGCCAAGCCUGACUCGGAGCAGAAGGACUACAUCAACGUGAAAGGCUGCGUGCCACAGUUCGAGAAGUGGCUGCAGGACAACCUCACCCUGGUGGCCGGGAUCUUCAUCGGAGUCGCUUUGCUCCAGAUUUUUGGGAUCUGUUUGGCCCAGAACUUAGUGAGUGACAUCGAGGCAGUGAGGGCGAGCUGUUUCUUCACCUAAAGGAGUUUCUCUUCCUUCCAUCAGCUCCGUCUUUGAACGCAUCGUGGAGCCUCUUCAAGAACCACUGAGCCGUCGUCACGUCCAGCACUGAACCAGCACCUUUUAAAAGCACUGUUAAAUGAAAUGUUCUGGGUGAACCCACUGUGGAAGAUUAACCCACUGUGGAAGAUGAACCCACUGUGGAAGACUACUGUAAAACAAGAAGCUGCAUGGCUCCAGCUUUGAUGGCUUCUGCUGCAGUUUCAUUACGUUUGAAAAGUAGCUCCGUGUUUUUCUGUAUGGAAUUAAAAGCUCCUUUUGUCCCCCCCGUCGAAGACGCAGAUGAACUGAGAGGUCAAAUGUUUUAUUGUGAAAUCAGAGGUGAGAUUAAUAAUCUGCUAAUCUAUUCAACGAGUGUGAAAAUUAUUCAAACUAAUCACCAGACCUGUCUCCACUAAUGGACUAAAACUGGUGGUAGUUACUGAGGGAACAGGGAUCAUCGUGUUACCAGCUUCACUUGGUGCUACGAGUCCUCUGCAGCUUGUUGACGUUGGACUCAGACCUCAGAGGUUCUGGUACCAGGACCGGGGGUCUCACACGGGUUUCUGAAAACCAUCAUCAGUAAAUAACUGUUAAAGCAGCAGAUUCCCACACAAAGACUAAGAGCUACUUCAGUCAUCUGAAGAGGGCUUGUGUGUAAAAGUCAUAGCCGUCAGUAUUUUACCUGUUGUAGAUGGCUGUGUGAACCACCUCAGUUUGGAGGAGUGGAUCAGGAGCGGGCAUCAGGUUUUUCAAGAGAGUAAAA